AUGGUGGUGAAAUUAAUGAGUCUGAAUCGGCAUUUAGACGACCUGCAAGAACUAUUUGAGACCAUAGGCAAGUAUCAGCUCAAGUUGAACCCCGAAAAAUGUUCUUUCGGGGUCCAAGCGGGAAAGUUCCUUGGUUUCGUACUAACUCAUCGGGGCAUUGAGGCAAAUCCUGAGAAGUGCUCGGCGAUCAUCAACAUGAGAAGUCCAGCGACGGUGAAGGAGGUGCAGCAACUUGCGGGACGAAUGGCAUCUUUGUCGCGUUUCCUUUCAAAGGCGGCCGACAAGGCCCUCCCGCUUUUCCAAUGCUUAAGGAAGAAUGAUCAUUUUACUUGGACAACCGAGUGUGAUGAUGCUUUCCUGGAGCUGAAGAAGUCGCUCGCGUCGCCACGGAUCUUGACGAAACCAAGGCCGAGUAUCCCGUUGCUGGUUUACAUAUCGGCGUCCGAUCGAGCUGUCAACGCAAUUUUAGUCCAAGAGCAGGAAGGCUCUCAAGUUCCAGUGUAUUUCAUGAGUCGGGUCUUACAGGGAGUAGAAACGAGGCAAGUGUUACAGAAGCCCGACCUGGCAGGAAGGAUGAUGAAAUGGUCUGUAGAGCUAUCAGAAUAUUCCAUCAAGUAUGAGCCGAGAGGUGCAAUCAAAGCUCAAAUGCUAGCUGAUUUUGUGAUGGAGCUGACCUCACCCGCCGAUGAGGGCGGUGUCGGAGAGACGCAGUGGAUCCUAUCAGUGGAUGGUGCUUCGAACCUAGGAGGAAGUGGAGCUGGAAUUGUCUUGGAAGGCCCGGGAGGAAUACUACUAGAGCAGUCAUUACGAUUUAAGUUCCGAGCAAGCAACAACCAAGCCGAGUACGAGGCAUUGUUAGCAGGGAUGAGUUUAGCAAAGGAGAUGGGGGCGACGAGCUUGUCAGCUAGAAGCGACUCCCAGUUGAUCACCGGACAAGUGGCUGGAACCUUCCAAGCGAAGGAUCCUAAAUUGGCGAAGUACUUGGAAAAAGUUAAGCUCUUAUCAGAAAAUUUCCGAGAGUUUACACUUAACCAUGUACCGCGAGAGCAGAAUUCGAGAGCAGACCUCCUCUUCAAGUUAGCAAGCACAAAGAAGCCAGGAGCUACUCGGUCGGUCAUCCAAGAAACCUUAGCUCAGCCAAGUAUUAAUGAGCCGCAGGAGAGUGUCCUUUUCAUCCAAGAAGAGCUUGAUUCAUGGAUGGGGCCCUAUAUUGCAUACCUGACUCAGGGGGAGUUUCUAGAAGACAAAAAGGAAGUGUCGCUGAUAUAA